ACGGGGCCACAAGCCAAGUCAAUGCUGGAAACUCCAGCUAGUCAGCCAGAAGAGCAGAAAGAACCUCGGCACAUCGACGACGCGACGGUCAACCGACCGACCGGGGGAAACAAAACCAGUUUCUGUUUGCCGGUUGUGGCGUUCGGUCGUGUUUUUUCUGCUGCCUCUUAUUAUCCCGUCAUAUAGUUUGGUGGUGUUCCGUCGAUCGAGUGCGCGCACGCGUUCGUUCCCUAUUUUAUGUUGGAGGAACUGUUAGUUCUCCUCGGUGGCACAUUUUAUAUGAAACACUAACACACAGGCACACCCCCGCCCUCGCCUUGGCGGACGAGAUUGUGUUUCGCGCGUUCCCGUGUCCCUUGCCUGGUAUUGGACUGACUGCCGGAGUUGUUUGUGGGAGAUUUUGUUGCGGCAGGCAUGAAGUUUGUAUAUGCUCCCGGAACAACUUUUGCGGGCAUCUAAUCAACAGCUUCUUGAGAAUUUUUUAGUUCUAGCUAAAAGCCUGGUGUUCGGGAUUGAGUUAAGAAGGCAACGUCAGAGAAGUGGCGGCAAGUGUCCCAAAACCAUAACACCUUCUACCUCUAGAGAAAAGGGGUGUGUGCGCUAUUUUAUUCCGGCGGGACUGAUUCCGAAGUCGGGUGCAUCCAUACCUAUUUUUUGUCCGUCUCUCGUGGAGUUUCUGUGGGUGGUGAGAUGUGCUGAAUUUGCGAGAGGGUGGCUGGCAAGUUUGUGUCUGUUAUACAUAUACAACACAGCAGAAAGGAAUUCGCCGGUAGGAAAUUGCUUUUCUCGAAGAAGUCGAAGUCUGCGUUCGUCAGUAAAAAUAAUACCGGAUUAAACUUCUUUUUUGUUAAUUGAAAACAAGAAAAAAGAUAACCGGGGAGAAAAAAGGUUUUCGGCAAACCUGAACAACAGCCACAAAAAAAAAACACAGGGUGCGUUCCCCUCAGAGGAGAACGCAGAGAAGAAAGAAGCAGCGUGAAAUGAGAUAAGACCGACGUCGACGACUAGCGUCCGUCGAUCAAGAAGCACGCCUGGCCGCGGAAGAGAUGUUUGCGUAAAGUGUUGUGAUAAAAUUGUAACAGCAAAAUGCAAUUCUUGGAGCUUUCGAUGAUGGCUCGGUUUAAUUAAGAUUGUGGUACGGUCAAAAAGCGGCGCCGUAGUAGGGGAAAGAAAAGUUUAAAGUUGAGGUCCAAUUUUGGUUGGUGGGACUCAUCUUUCCCGAAAUUCGAAGAAACGCGUGAAGAAGAAAGCGAAAACGAAACGACCAAAAGCAGCAAUAUGAAUGCACGUGAAUAAAAAUUAAGCGAUAAAAAGGGUGAAGCCGAAGAUAAAGCGCGUUGAAACAGUUUUUUUUCGUGGGGAAAGGUAUCAGCUAAUCGGAAGUGUGUGAUCCGUUUCGUUAAAUGUGGUAAAGUGCAUUGAUUUGUAGGAGUUCCAAAUUUAACCGGUACUAGUUAUUGAACGUUCGAGUCUCGUAACAAACAAAAAUGAACAACAAACUCAUCACCCUUGUUGUGGCUCAGGCGGCGUUCUUUGCCUUCGUUCGGUGCGAGUUUCAGUUUACGGUUUUGCCGAAAUACACCCAGGUGUACGAGGGUGGAUCGGCGGUGUUCCAGUGUCGGGCUUUCUUCGACGAUGAAAUCGACUUUUCCUGGACGUUGAAUGGCAAUCCGGUCCGGCUGGAUCAUCGACGGGUCUAUCUGAAUGGGUCCAAUCUGCAUAUCAACGGCGUUUCGCACUGGACCGAUGCCGGGGAUUACGUUUGCCUAGCCACGGCUCGGUCUUCGGGGGCCCGAGUCGCCACGCCACCCGCCAAACUGGACAUCAUCCACACAAUCAAUCCGGUGGUCCAGCUGGUCAAACAUGAGAGUGCAGAAAAGGGAGGAACUGUCGUUCUCAAGUGCCAUAUUGGAAGCAGUUCGUCAAAUCAUGCUGGAGGAAGCAAUCCGCCCGGUUCCAAUUCACGUUUGGAUGAUGAUGCGGUCCGCAUCGAGUGGUACAGAAACAACGAACGACUCACCAAAUCGCCGCAUAUCGAUUUUCAGCGCCGGAAGCUGCACAUAAAAAAUGCAACAACCAAAGAUAAUGGCGUCUACGGCUGCCGGGUGGUGCUUCUACAACUGCAUCGGCCAACGCUUCCGGCUUCCGGGGGCCAGGUCGUCCGGGACCCAGUAGAACUGAUGCAGCAACCACAGCUCCAAUCACCACCACCACCACCACUUGCAGUGGUACCAAGUGUCAAGAACUAUCGGCUCAAGUUGAAGGGCAGCACUGCAGCAGCAUCACCAGCAGCAGCCAUUAGCGGCACCAUCAACGCCAUCGGCAGUGCGGACAACACCGGUCCCAAAAUCGACUGCAGCAAAAGCCGAAAUUCGUUGCUGUGCCGGGGCAAACGUGGCGAUAAGCAACUCUCGUUGUCGGGAGUCGCAGCUGCCCUAACGGCACCUUCACCACCGUCUCCCAUCUCACCCGAUUCCGAUGCCAGCAGUCCACUGGGAAUGCUGACUACGCUAGUGCCACCGGUUCAGAUCGUGGACCAUCCGGUCAAUGUCGUGGUCAAUGAAAGCUCGCCGGCCAUUUUCAACUGCGGCUUCCAACCGCUGGCCAGUUCCUCGGUGGACUCUGGGCCGCUCCUCCUAUACUGGCGCAAAGAUGGCAAGGUGAUCCGGAAGUGGGACGGAAGGGCACAGGAAGCUGCAAUGGCAUCUGACGAUGGAGCCACCGAGAGCUCCAUGUUCCGAGAGGAUGCUCGCAUCUACGUGGACCGGAACAAUGGAUCGCUAGUGUUUACGGCGGCCAUCGCUAGCGAUGAAGGCAGCUACGACUGCCAGUUGACCAACAACGGCAGCGAAUUUUUGGUAACGUCCAACACGGCCGAGCUGCAAAUAAUAUCCAAUCUCCGCUUCACACCGAAACCCCCCACCAGCAAAAACCUGGAGCUGGGUUCUGUUGCCAAGAUCCACUGCAAGGCGCAGGGUACUCCAUCGCCCACGGUUCACUGGCUCGGAACGGAAGGUUCGGCCGGCAGUCUUCCCGAGUCGGUUGAGGAUGUCAACGGGACAUUGAUCUUCCGCCCCGUAUCGACGGAACAUCGGGGUACUUACACCUGCGUAGCAUCGAAUAAUCAGGGCGAAAUCAGUGCCUCGGUAGUGGUGAACGUUGUGGUGGCACCGAGGUUCGAGAUCGCACCGGAAGGAUCGAUCCAGAUCGCUGAGAUGGGAACAGCAUUUAUACACUGUGUAGCAACUGGGGACCCGAAGCCAACGAUCCAGUGGGACAAGAAUCUGCAGUAUCUGCAUGCCUCUAACCAAUCGGACGAUGAGCGGUAUCGAAUACUUGAAAAUGGUACCCUGGUGCUUUCGGAUGUCCAUCUGGAGGAUGACGGAAAGUAUGGAUGCACCAUUGGCAAUAGCGCCGGGUUGAAGCGGGAGGAAGUUCAUCUGAUUGUGAAACCCGCCGAUAGCAUGCCUCUGCCAGAAGAAUCUCAGGAAGAUGGUGUCCUUAUUACACGUGCCGUCCUAAUCACAAUGUCGGUUGCCUUUGCGUAUAUAAUUCUAGUCGUAGGGUUGAUGUUGUGGUGUCGUCAUCGAAGGGCCGCGAGGAAAGCUCGUCUGAAUGCCAGCUCUAAGGAAAACGGAGACAUUGAUCCGAAGAACUGCGAGAUAGAGCCAUGUUUACCGGGAAAGUCCACCGGUGAGCAAAAUGGAAAAGCUAAAUCCUCCAAAAAGUCAGGUCAUCAGAAAACUGGCUCCAAUGCCGAUGGACAGGAAAAGAGCGACGAUACGGUAAAUUCCAACAAGUCGAAAAAGUCCAGUAGUUCUUCGUCAUACCUUGAACAACUAGCUGUUUCGCGGGCCUCGGUUAUUGACCUUCUUCAGAUAGGAAAGUGUGAGUUUGGAGAUGUCUUCAUAGGAAAAAUUAAGGAAAAUGACUGCCGCAAGGCUACCGUCAAGGAAGAGGUCAACCGGGAACCUGUUACGGGUGAUGAAGUAACUCACGCCCCUAAGACUGAAGUUAGCGCUGAGGACGAGAAAAAUGGAAGUAAAAAACUGCCGUCCAAUGAAGAGUUGAACGAAAUUAAGCCGGAAAAUGACUACAAACUGGUCAUGGUGAAGGCACUGACCAAGGUUAAGGAUGAGCAUUGUUGUUCCGAGUUCCGACGACAGUUGGAACUGUUCCGGAAUGUCUCGCACAAGAACGUUGUUCAACUUUUCGGACUCUGUCGGGAUAAGGAUCCCCAUUACAUGCUCCUGGAAUACACUGAUUGGGGUGAUCUGAAACAAUUCUUGUUGGCAACUUCUCCGAGUGUUCCACCAAACGGCAGCGUAGAAACUAAGGACACUGCCAAACCACCACCUCUCAAUAUUCCACAAAUUCUUGCCCUCGCCCACCAAAUCGGACGAGGAAUGGAUGCCAUCUACAAAGCUCGAAUCAUUCACAAGGAUUUGGCCACCCGAAACUGCAUCAUCAGCAGCGACUUUUCGGCUAAGAUUUCGAUGCCGGCCCUAAGUCGAGACAAGUACAGUCGGGAGUACUUUAAGUUCCGGAAUCAGUUGCUGCCGGUGCGGUGGAUGGCCCCGGAAAGCCUCCAGGAUGAUGACUGGUCCAUUAAGAGUGAUAUUUUCUCGUUCGGGGUGCUGAUGUGGGAGCUGUUUACUCAGGCCACCGAGCUGCCGUUUAAGGAUUGUACCGACGAGGAGUACGUGACGCAGGCGUCGGCCGGGAAGCUGGAGUGGAAGGUGGCCGAGAAGACACCGGAGGAGUUGCACAAGAUUUUGGCAUCCUGCUGGUCCCAGAACCCAAAGGAACGUCCCUCGUUCAGCCAGCUGGUGGUUGCCAUCGGCAACUGUCUGCAGAGCGAGUACCCCAAGGAACCAAUCGAGCUGGCCACGGUUUAAAACCAACACCCAACAAUCAAAUCUUCUAAAAACAGUACCACUUAAAUUAUAUGAUUGGUAGCAGAGCGUUAAGUUAGAAUUUUACAAAGCAUCGAAGAAGCAUAGCGGAGGUCUAGAAUAGAAAAAAACAACGAACAUGUGUUUUUCAUGUUUUUAAUUUUUCAAUUUUUUGAAAACGUAUUUUAGUGUACAUUAUGUAUGAUCAUGUAUUGAGAAAGGCUUGUAUUUAUUGAGGUUUUACACGAGAGUUGUGGGGAGGUAUUAAACAAGAAACGAGGUUUUGAUGAUUUUUUUUUUGUGUAUUCAUUAGAAAAGAUCGAGUCAAACAGAUAAGUUUGUGUUUAGAGAGGAAGGAUUAGAAUUUAUUGGUAGAGCUAGAAUCUGCUCAUGGAACUAAAAUGAGCCAGCUGUACAUUUACAUGUACUAAAUGAAAGCACAUCAACUAGUUCUGAACUUCGGAAGCAUUUCGAUUAAAGACUUACUAUAUUGAUAAUGGUCAUGUUCUUAAAGUGUAAUUUUACAAAAUAGAUAUCGUAAUAUUAACGAAAUUUAUACAAAGCUUUUUGCUUCCAACAGAACAUUAAGUAUUACUCCUUUCUGAAGGAAAGUGUUGCCGAUAUCUGCAUUUAUCUACUUUAGAGUAAGAUGUUAGAAAGAUAAGGAAAAAACAUCUUAUAAAAUCUGACAAAUCACAAUUAUCAUACACUCACCAUUUCAUUGAUAAACAUUAGUACUAGUAAUAUCCACGCGUAUUGAUAUCAGUACCACAAACUGAGCCAAGAUAAUUUACUGCCAAGAUGCUGCAGGAUAUGUUUACCUUAUUACUCAAUCAUUCUAAUGGCUUAAAUGGCUAUGUCAAAUUGAUCAUAGUUAUGAAUCUACAUUAUCAAUCUAUACAAUCUACAGCUCAUCAACUCCGUAUUUUGCCUUAAGCUUUCUGUGCUAUCUCGAGAUAAGGUUACAUUCAAAAAUUAACUUCUAAUCAAAACAGGAAGAUCAUGCAUCGUUGAUGAAACGUUUAUUAUAAGUUCAUGUUCUAGAUUCUCUCAAAAAACUUGAACAUAAAAAAGCAAAAGGAUAAAUUUAAUAACUCACACAAACAAACCACAUUCUCAAAAUGCUACUAUAUUCUUACAAAGUGCUAUCAACUUUACAUCUAACUAGAGCAUAAUCCAAUCAACCGUACUGUUAGCUCUAAACAAAUUAAACAUGUCAUCAGUAUCAGAAAUUUGUAAAUGUAAAAAUCGAUCGAAAAACGACAUACCAGAAACGUUGCAUUUAAAAGAUUCAUUAAAAUCAACCAUUACAUCAUUAAUAGUAAGACGAAAAAAUAAACAAUUAGUUAGCGCAUAUCUGAGAAGUCAAGAAUCUCGUGCGGUAAAGUUUACCAGGGGGCUCAUAUGAGCUUUUUGGUGUGGGGAAUGUAGUGGGUCGCUACAUGAAAAAAAAGUUUAACUUUAACGCGACGCGAUAUGCAUUGAAGUUUUUUUUUAACUUCUUCAACUUUGUUUAGUUCAGUUGCGCGUACGCACACAAAGUAGCAUCGCCUGUGUACAUACUUGUAACAUAUCAGUUUAUUUCCAUUAUAGCAAAUAAGCAAGAACAAUGAAAUUCUGAAAGGUUUCUACUUCUUCUAAAUUGACAUCGAAUCAUAUGGAACAUAAUUUAACACAACAGCCACACACACAAACAUAACAUUUGUUGUCUAGUCAUCGAGAAAACAAUUCAGUUCUUGGAGAGAUAGCUUCCAUCAAACCCGUGAACGAACCAUUGAGUCUCGCCAAAUUAUUGUAAGCUGAUUUCAAUGAAACGUACGGAUGAUUUGCGAGCAAUUUUUUUUAUCUUGAAAAAAAUAUAAUCCAUUUAUCCUGAAAACUAAGGCUUAGGAAAACAAAUGGUAGGAUUUGUUUCACCAAAAAAGAAGAAAGGUCAGCACAAAAUGUCGUUCGAAGAGCCCGUGAACUGAAUCAUGAAGAGUUAAACAAUCCAUGAGGAAUAUGAUUAAGAAGAAAUUGAAAAAAAAAACAAAUCAUUAGACAUGUACUCCUUUACAUGGAAAUAACUUCAUUGACAAAUAUAAAGCUUCCAUUGAAAA